AAUGAUGAAUUUUAUAAGCGUUCGCCGUCCAACUAAUAAAGAAGAUGUCUUCUAUGAGGUUGUAAUAAUUGGAGAUAGUACUGUGGGAAAGACGUGCAUAUUAAGGAGUUUCUCUAAAGCUCCAUUUAUGAGUAAUACGUCGUCCACUAGCGGUGUUGAUCAUACAGAAAUUGCACUUAAAAUUAGCAGGGUCAAUAAUGAAACUUCCGGUAAGGACCAUAUUAUACCUGUUUACGUACUGGCAAAUAAAAUAGAUCUUAACGAAGAAAGAGUUGUUAAUAGGGCUAUUGCGGAAGAGUUUAGUAAACAGUACGAAGGCUACUUCGAGGUUAGUGCAAGAACUGGAAAAGGAAUUGACAACGCUCUCGACGAAUUAGCUAAAUUCGUCCUCACUCAAAGAAAUCCUGCCCGAAGUAUUGAAGGCUUUGAAAGUAUCGAACAAGUCAUGAAUCAAGAGAUCCGCUUGUCAAAAUCGUGUCAUUGUAAUUGUAAAAACUGUCAAAAAUGUGUUGUGAAAAACGAAUCCAAGUCGGAUGAUAAUGGUAGAAAGAGGAACUUCUUCUUUUUAAAGAGAAAGGAUGGUUCAAGGAGAAAAUUUUUUUGUAUCUAA